AGAAGGGAGCGAUUACUUCCGGGGCGUUACCGAGACGCUGUAACGGAAAUGACGGCAGGCUUGCGCCGGUGGCAUGAUGGAGCAGCAGCAGCAGCAGCAGCUGAGAAACUUGCGGGACUUCCUGUUGGUCUACAAUCGAAUGACGGAACUCUGCUUCCAGCGCUGCGUGCCCAGCCUGCACCACCGAGCUCUGGACGCGGAGGAGGAGGCCUGUUUGCACAGUUGUGCUGGGAAACUGAUCCACUCCAACCACCGCCUCAUGGCCGCUUACGUGCAGCUCAUGCCGGCCUUGGUACAGCGCCGCAUCGCAGACUACGAGGCUGCUUCAGCUGUGCCUGGCGUUGCUGCUGAACAACCGGGAAAUUCACCAUCUGGCAGCUAGCUAUCCCCAACCCCAGAAGAGGAGGCACUGUGUGGACCCUCAAAUUGAAGGAGCCGGUGGGCCUUGGGCUGAGUUAAGCCUGUAUAGAGUGAGGGUGUUGCCUGAGAGCUGGGUGCCAUUGCUCCUCCUGGAGCCAAAUAAACCCACUUGUACUCUUGUUUGGUUUACAUUCUGGUUAGGGAAGCAUCGUCCAUUUUAGUGGCAACAUCCUUUGUUUUGUCAGUUAGUGCAUAUCUGCUGGCUUCAGCCCUGGCAGCUGAGAAAUCCCCUUCCAGGUAUAGAAGGAAAACUUCAACAUUGCAGUGCAUGUGGUCAAAGCAAGGUCUGUGGGUACAAUUCUGGCACCAAUUUUAAGGUUGGUAGUAGCGACAGCAAGAGGGUUCCUGCCCAGAUGACACAGAGAAUGGGCACUAUGAUUUGCUGUCCUUAACUUAAAUGUCUGACUUAAAUGACUGACCUGUGAGCCAGUAUGCAUUCGUCCAUAAUAUUUUUCAUGGACUAUGUUUUAUAAGAAGGAAUUUGGGGAUUCAGGCAAUCGAGGAGCUACCUAAGGAAAACGGAUGAAGAAAUCCUGAGGCUUUUAGGCACUGCUUUCUGGGAAGUAAGUAGCCCCAGAACAGAGGUGCACACUUUAAGAAUUCUGGGGUGUUCUGGCGUUUCAUUCAUUUCCCUAAGUUGUUUUACUCUGUUUUCUGACUUCCCAGGAUGAACAGUAAAAUAUGUAAACAAAAAUCUGUGUUCUUUUCUACCGGGGGAGUCAGGAAGGGGAAAGCUAAGGGUACAGUCAGACUUGAAGAUGAGACUCUCAAGGGAGAAGUAGAUGGUGCUGCACAGUUAGGUAAAAAAGAAUAAAAAGCAAAGCCUUCCAGCUCUUUAACGUUACCUUAUAUAUUCAACACUUGUCUGUAAUCUCUUAAUUCCAGCUUUUCCAACCUCUAUCCCACUGUUUGUUCCCACUGUUCUGUGAUUUCUAAUUCCAACCUCUCCAUUCUUUCCUA